UAAAAUUAGAAACGGAAAGGAAAUAGAAUUAAUUUUUUUUCUUUAAAAAACUGUUUACCAAUUGAUUUGGUAUUAUGAAUGGGAAGAUGGCCGUUGCUCUCAGCCUCAGAAUUGAUUCCGCCAUUGCCUAAUAUUGCAAGCGUAGUGAACGGUACUCCGUUCACCGUCUUCCCCAACCCUAGCCUCCCCUCAUUUUCACUACUGUUUUCUCAAUGGCUUCUCUGGACAAUCAUUUUACCCAUCAAUAUUAUUGCAAAUCCCUCGAUAUCGAAAAGAAACUUCCCGAUGCAUUGGAACCCCACCUAGGGUUUCAAUCUUUUCCGGUAAUCGUCUUUUCCGGCACCGGUAAAUGGGGAGGGCGGUGGCUUAUGUCCUUAUAUCCACCGCCUUCGCCGCCUUCUUCCUAUUUUCUCCGUCCAAUUUACAAGAUUGGAAGCAUCAAGAACUAAGUCGUCGCCUAGGUUUCAAAUUCCGAACCCCUACUUUUGAUCCUCUUUUCGCAGAAAUGGAAAGAUUAGCAGAAGAAAAUGCGAUUGGAGUGGAAAAUCAAAAUUCUGCGAAGCGAAAUCAGGUUCGUGAUGAUUGCAAACAUUAUUACGAUGAAGGGAGUUUGAACAUUUCCUUGAGGCUGCUCGUGUUGUUUCCUUUGCUGGAUCAUUCGCCAAAAGAUGGGGCUAUCAGUUACGAGGAGUUGAGCGAUUGGAUUACUGGGCAAGCCAUUGAAAGAUUGAAUUACAGAACGGGCAAACAAUUGGCGUUCAAUGACAAGAAUGGAGAUGGCGCUAUUUCAUUCCAUGAAUAUCUGCCGCAGUUCACAGAGGAAGAUAUUGCAAGAAAUGAAACGGGGUAUGGAGAAGCUGGAUGGUGGAGAAAGCAAUUCACGAAUGCCGAUGUUGACCAAAAUAACUUACUAAAUUUUGAUGAACUGAAAGAUUUCCUGCACCCAGAAGAUAGCAGCAAUUACCGAAUACAAAACUGGCUGUUGAGACAGAAAAUGAAUCGCAUGGACCAUGACAGUGAUGGAAAGCUCAGUUUUGAUGAAUUUCUUCGCCAAGCAUAUGGUAUAUACAAGAGCUAUAUCGAAUUCGAAAUGCAAGGCGAAGACAUACCAAGCGCUGAAGAGAAGUUUGAUGAGCUUGAUCUCGACGAGGACGAGGUAUUGUCAGUGGAAGAAUUAAGGCCAUUGUUCCAGUAUCUUCAUCCUGGAGAAGUGUCUUAUGCUCAACAUUACACAAGUCAUUUGAUUAAUAAGGCUGAUGACAAUAAAGAUGGCUACUUGACACUUGAUGAGAUGCUUAAUCAUGACAAUGUUUUCUACAGCACAGUAUAUGAAAAUAACAAUGGCGAAAGUGAAGACGAUUAUCAUGAUGAACUUUGAUUUUAUUUCUCCCUUUUUUGAAGCUUAGGUUUUAGAUUCCAUUUGGUGGGUUGCAGGGGAGGAAUUGUGUUAGGCUGUUAGGCAUUUACAUUUUACUUGAAGAAUAUAUUAAAAAAAAGAUUAAUUUUGGAUUGGAUUACAACUUUACUAACCCAGUCCUCUGGAUUUUGAUUCAUUUUCAACCAGGAAUUGUGAUA